AUCACGCACAGCAGAACUAUUUUGCGUCACCUCAGAGACGGCAGUUAAUGGAGUAAUGCGGUCACGCCAAAACGAUAAUGUUACGGACAAACGGGGCCGUAGCGGAUUCAAAGUGGAUUUAUUAAAAGCGUGACAUUGCACCGGGUGCAGAUACAUGGUAUCAGACUACCAUGACCGCAGAAGCAUAGGUUUAUGCGCAGUAAUUGGCUCGUGUGCAGCUGACUCGCCGUGUCAACACAAAGGCCUAUGUAGCUUGUUAGCAUUAGUUCACCAGCUAGUUAGCUUUAACGCCAACCUCAGCUGUUAGCAAACUAACAGGCGUGCCAUUUUAAUGUUUUUACUGUAGCCCAGUUAAUCUGCUCAGCCUACAAGACAGCAUUGAGGUGUUUGUUGCCCUUCUGCGAUAAUGGGGGAACAGGGUGCGGUGGUCUCGCAGCAGAAUUUGGACAGGAGCUGCUGGGUGUGCUUCGCCACAGACGAGGACGACCGCACAGCAGAGUGGGUGCGCCCGUGUCGCUGCCGCGGCUCCACCAAGUGGGUCCACCAGUCCUGUCUGCAGCGCUGGGUGGACGAGAAGCAGCGGGGGAACAGCACGGCACGUGUGGCCUGCCCACAAUGCAACGCUGAAUACCUCAUCGUCUUUCCCAAACUGGGUCCCGUGGUCUACGUGCUGGACCUGGCCGACCGGUUCAUCUCUAAGGCGGGUCCCUUCGCUGCUGCAGGCAUCAUGGUGGGCUCCAUCUACUGGACCGCCGUCACGUACGGAGCCGUCACUGUCAUGCAGGUGGUGGGCCAUAAGGAGGGUCUGGACGUCAUGGAGCGGGCGGACCCCCUGUUCCUGCUCAUCGGCCUGCCCACCAUCCCCGUCAUGCUGAUCCUCGGCAAGAUGAUCCGCUGGGAGGACUACGUGCUGCGUCUGUGGAGGAAGUACUGCAACAAGCUGCAGAUCCUCAACAGCAUCUUCCCAGGGAUUGGCUGCCCUGUUCCCCGUAUCCCGGCGGAGGCCAGCCCACUGGCGGACCACGUCUCUGCCACCCGCAUCCUGUGUGGUGCGCUGGUCUUCCCCACCAUCGCAACCAUCGUGGGGAAGCUGAUGUUCAGCAGCGUCAACUCCAACCUGCAGAGGACCAUCCUGGGAGGAAUCGCCUUCGUGGCCAUCAAGGGGGCGUUCAAGGUCUACUUCAAGCAGCAGCAGUACCAGAGACAAGCCCACCGCAAGAUCCUCGACUUCCCCGAGCCGGAGGAGGCCUGAGGCAGUCGGACAAAACAGACUCGGGAUCAGUGUCACCCUUCACCCCCCACUCCUCCCUUAUCCUCACCCCUCCUGGAGUGAUGCUCAGUGCGAGGCUCCCCCACCCUCCGCCUCAUGAAUUCAAAUUGUUGAGGAGGGGAGGAGAGGAGAGGAGGGAGAGGGGAGGAGAGGAGGGAGAGGAGACGAAGAGGAGAGGAGAGGAGACAGGGGAGCAUGUUAGCAGUCGGCGUGACUGUCAAUAACUAAUACUUAUUGUAACAUAACUGUAUUUUAAAGAUAAAGAAAUGCGGGGCAUGUGUAAUUAAAGACUUUUAUAAUUAUAAUAAAUGAUUGUCUUAUGAUUAUUUUGAAGAGAUCCCUUCGCAAUUGUGGAGGAAUAAAGUCAGAGGGGUAGAAUGUAUGGACCAAUGAGGCGUGUUCAUUCUGCAGGAGAUAUGAGUCCUGAUGAUGAACCCCUGCUUUAUGUGAGGACUGUUUGAUCUCCUCUCAUGCCUUCAGUGUUCAUUGUCUGCAGCUUCACACACUCAAUGUUCUUUUUAAAGCUUCACAGCACUGCCCGUGUUUUGGUGGAGCCUGUUGCCAUGACGCUGUCUCUAACAGAUGGUUGGAUAUUAUGGACACUUGUCUUUUCAGAGAUGUUUUACAGCAACCGGAUGUUGGAAUGAAAGCAUCUCUGAAGCUACGGAGGAUUCAUUUACUGAGAUGUUGCUGAACUGAUCCCAGGUCAGACUGAGGCUCUCAGGAAGUUACGAUGAAGAAAUGGAAUCGGACACUAUUCAUUGAGAAUGGCUGAUGUCAGGACACCUACAGGAAAUUAAAGCGUCGGUGCAACCAAAUAAAAACAAGCCACAUGUUCUCCCUCUACAGAUGUAUUUUCAUGCCUCAAUGCCUUUUCAAAGUUUCUAUGGAAGCCUUGAGGCUCAAGAGAAGUGAUAUGAAGACUUCUCUCCUGUGCUUAAUAUAUAUAUUAAAAAUCUUUAAAAUGGGUGGGGAAAAAAUAUUUGCCAAGAUAAUAUAAAGAGUAACUUUUGUUAUUGGGCAAAAAGAUUUUAGGAAUGUAAAAAAAAUAAAAGCUUUUAAAGGACGUCUACACUCAUAGGGGAAUAUCAGUUCUGAUUGGUCAGUGCUUUCGUUUGAAUGCUCCUACAAAACAAGAGGAUUGAGAAUAUUAAAACCUGGACAAAGUGUGAAAAUAUGUCUUAAAUUAAAUGAACAUAGCACAACAGUAAGUGGUUUAAAUCAUGUGAUUAACUAUUUCAUUUUAUGUGGUAGUGUGCACAAUCUGACCAGCUGCUGUUUCCUGCCUCAGAGCUGGAACCAUCAGUGUGUGAUGUACAGGCCUGUCUAUUUAUCGUGCACACACACACACUGCUUCACACAAGUCCCCCUCCAGUCGAUCCACCAUCAGUUCUCCACUCUGCCAAAAGAGACUUCCUGUCUAUGGUAUCGGUUUAUCUGUGAAUAAACGUCUUUUUCCAA